AUGGAACCGGAACCGUCCCUUGCCGCUCUCCUCAAGGCUAUCACAGCCCUCACAGCCACAGUCGGGUCCCUCCAGGACCAAAUCAAAUCACAAGGCCAACAGCUCAAUGAGCUCAAGGCCAUAUGUAAGGAGACCGCCGACUUACUCGGCGACAAGGAUCAAGGAACCCAAGCCCAGCCUGGCCCAUCGGCUGGGCCUGUCACUCCCCCCACUCAUACAGGGGGAGAAGCGCACACUCCAGGAACGGUUAAGCCUGGACUCAAGGCCCCCUUCCGCCCAUCAAGAGGAAUGGGCUUUGACUCAGAAGAGGAGGAAGAACCCAGGCGAGCUCCCAAAAAAGAGCCUCGCGACACGCCUAAACGGAGCCUCAGCUCCCUCACCCCCUUUGAUUCAGGGUCCAGCGUAAAGCGGCCCAAAAUGGAGCUCCCAGAUCCAUAUAAGGGAGAUUCCAGGGGACGGAAGGCAACCCAGUGGCUAGAUUGUAUGCUACUGUGGGUCGCACUUCACCAAGAUCAAUUUGAUGAAGAAGAACAAAUGGUUGUGUGGAUUCUAUACCACAUGACAGAUAAAGCUGCCAACUGGGCUCUUCCCAUUAUUGGGACUAUUAUCAAGGGCGAGGGAAAUCCCCCCACUACCAUCCCGGCCUUAACGGCCAAAUUCAAAGAAGCCUUUGCCGAUCCAGAUGCAAAGAGGGCGGCCGCCAGGAAGAUUGCCGCAUUGACUCAGACCACUACCACGUCUGAGUACGUCACAGAAUUCCGCAAUCUUAUGGCGGAACUUGACUGGAACACUGAGGCGUACAUUGCCCAGUUUACGCGCGGUCUUCACUGGAAGGUGAAAGAACUCCUGUCCACCAAGGACAAUAUUCCCAACAAUGACCUAGAGGCCAUAUUUGCCGCCUCGGCUCCCACCAAGGCCCCGGUUGCCACGACCACCUCUACCUCCACCACUACCACCAGGGUCCGUUUGUCCAAGGACCCCAACUAUGUCACCCCGGAGGAAAGGGACCGUUGCCGCGCAUCUGGCCUUUGCGUCAAAUGCGGCCAGAAAGGGCAUGGGAUCAAACAAUGUCCCAAUGGAUGGAAAGCCACCAUCAAGGAAGCCGCCAAGGUGGGAGAAGUAGAGUCGGAAAAAGAAUAA